AUGGCGAUGGCCGCACGGCCACAGACGCCCGUGCAGGAUGCAUACUCGAUCCCGCAAACCGACCCGGGGAUUUUGAGUCGCGGCUACGGGCCCGGUCGUUCUUCCUCUCGACCCAGCUCCUACGCCGGCAACGCCUCCUCCUUCCACUACGGCGCCGUGGACCAGUCCCUCCCGCAUAACCCCCGAUUCAGGGAGGAUUUCGAUACGGCCAGCCACCGCAGUUCCAUCGCAUUCGACGGCCCCGCCUCGGGCGUGCAGCGCUCCGCGUCGCAAAUGUCCCACGGCCGAUCGCCGACCCCCUCCCGCCAGGGCACCCUGCGCAAGAAGGCCUCGUUGAGCAAGAAAGGGAGCUUGCGACGCAAUGGGAGCCGGAGGUCGCUUCGCGCCGGGAGUGUCCGAAGUCUGAGCUUGGGUGACCGCGAAAAAUACAACGCUGAUGGAGCAGAGGACGUGAACAGUGCCUUUUCGGUGCCGAUCCCGACCACCGGCAACCCAACAGAGGUCCUGGCAAAUCGCUUUCAAGCUUGGCGGAAGAUCCUCAAGGAUCUGAUCGUCUUCUUCAAGGAAGUGCAAAAGUCCUACGAAACCCGCUCCAAACUCUUCCUGUCCGCUUCGCAUGUGAUGAACAACCAAUCGCUGCCCUCGCCCUUUCUGCAGUCGGGCGGUCUCGCCGACGCAACGGAGAUCCUCCAGAAUUUCCACCGUCAGGGAUACACCGAAGCCAACAAGGCCGUGGAGGUGGAGAUUGAAGUCAUCAGCCAACUGACGGGUCUUCGCAGCGACCUGCAGAAGAAGACCAAGGAGAUCAAGGGUUUGUCAGGAGAUUUCAAGAACACAGUCGACAAGGAGAUUGACGGCACCCGCAAGGCGGUGCGCAAUCUACAUGAGUCCUUGGGUCUUGUGGACACCGACCCUUCUGCCACCUCGGGCAAAGGCGACCCGUUCUUGAUGCGUCUCAGUGUUGAGAAGCAGGUUGAGAAACAGAUUGAAGAAGAGAACUACCUCCACCGGGCGUUCUUGAACUUGGAAAACUCCGGCCGCGAGCUCGAAUCCAUUGUGGUGAGCGAAAUCCAGAAGGCAUAUAAUGCGUACGCCAGCAUCCUCAAGCGCGAGGCCGAUGAGGCGUACGACACGGUGGAUAAGUUGCGGGCCGGCCCGAUUUCGAUGCCCCAGGAUCAUGAGUGGAACACGUUUGUCGCCAACACCGAAGAGCUGGUCGACCCACGCAUCCCGUUGCGCAAUGUGGAAAGCAUCACCUACUCUGGCAAGGACCACCCGGCGGCAGCAGAGGUUCGUGCCGGUAUGCUCGAACGCAAGAGCAAGUAUCUGAAGAGCUACACGCCUGGCUGGUACGUUUUGUCGCCUACGCAUUUGCAUGAAUUCAAGUCUGCCGAUCGUGUGGCAUGGCAGACUCCCGUCAUGUCGUUGUAUCUGCCGGAGCAGAAGCUCGGAUCUCACUCUCAAGAGGAUUCUAGCUCCCACAAAUUUAUGUUGAAGGGCCGCCAAACUGGUGCCAUGCACCGGGGCCAUUCGUGGGUGUUCCGCGCUGAAUCCCACGAAACCAUGAUGUCUUGGUAUGAAGAUAUCGAGAGCCUUAUCAACAAGACCGGCGAGGCACGUAAUGCAUUUGUGCGCAAGGCAUCUGUUCGUCGACAUGUGCGCAGCGUCAGCGGCAUGUCUACAAAUAGCGAGGUGUUGGAGGAUGAUGAGGCAGACCGCACUCCGUAUUCUGCGGAGUCGGUGGUUCAAGCCAGCGGCCAGGAACGGCCCAUGUCCGCCACCCGUCAGCCCGGUGGGGCUUUCCCCAGUGACGUUCAGAUCGAUCGGCAUCUCCAAGCACCUCAGUCCCCGUCUAGUGGUGACAGCUCUGCUGGACGAGAUAUGAUCGCCGCGGCCGAUGCCAUCCCCGACAGCACGAACGCUGGCCCUUCGCGAUUCUAUACCGGCCGCGAUGCCGAUGAUGGAUCGCAGCGGGCGACUAACGAAAGUCCCGCACCCCAGUCCCGCAUGAGCCGCCAUGAUAGCUACUACGGCGAUUGGAUUGGACCUACUGCCGUUGUCGGCCAGCAGAAGAAGAGCCAGGUGUCAGAGACCGCAAAUGCCGAUGACCGCGAGAUUCGAUCUGAUGGGGAUCACGACUCCGUUGUCGCCACGUCUGGUGUUGUCGGAGUGCAAGAUCGUCGGGACCACUCUGCUCCUGCUCAGGUGGCUCGUCGCGAGAGCGUCUCCACGGCACCCACCAACACCAAUGUCACCGAUUAUACCAAUAACACUUUUGCGACUUCUGUCGAUGAUGCCCAAGAGUCCAAGACGAGCGCUGUGGCAGUUGACUCGGCCCUGUCGAGCGGUCUCGAGGAAGGCUUCGGUGGACGACCCGUUCCUCGUGGCGCCGGCGGUACUGGAAAGACGGGCCCUGACCUGUCACGGCCCAAGCAGGACAGCGUGAUGGCCAUUGAUAUGAAGAUCCCAGGUCGCUUCCCACCGACCAAUGUGGCCGCAUGA